AUGGAGCACGAGCCAGUUGGAGGUUUAGCCGCCGCCGCAGGUCUCUCCGAGCGUGACACCUCAACUACCAGUGUUCACCCGGCUACGACCACAACUCGGGAGCCAGCCGAGGAGGGCUCUUUACACGGAGACGCUGUUGAGAAACCCACUGUCGACGGCAAGGAUGCAGUGUGCAAUGUGCCAAGCGGUUUAAUAGACUUGCCGACAACCGAAGCGGACCAGGAUGCUUACCCGCCUACAAGGGAUCCGGCUGUGCAUGCAUCAAGUGUGGGGGCACCGGAUCGCGAUGGAGAGUCUGAGCGUAAACCAGUUGAGGACUCUAUUCCUCCCACAGAUCUCUCCUUGCCUGUGGAGCAGAAUACUUCCACCAAAGACGAGGUCCCGACUACUAGCACAACUCAGGAGGCUGCCCGUGAGGGCUCGUUGCGGGAUGAGACUGUUGAAGGACCCACUGCCGACGGCGCUCCUCUUGUGUCCUACCCGAUGCAGCCAUUUGACGGCGAAGGUUCUUUAAACGAGGAGACUGCUGAUCGACCCGCUGCCGACGACGCUCCUCUUGUCUCCUACCCGGUGCAGCCAUUUGACGGCGAAGGUUCUUUAAACGAGCAGACUGCUGAUCGACCCACUACCGACGGCGCUCCUCUUGCGUCCUCCCCGGUGCAGUCGUUUGACGAUGAAGGCUCUUCAAACGAGGAGGGCGCUGAUCGACCCGACGUGCCGAACCGUGUCGAGGAACCCAAUGUGCCGAUCCAUGGUGAUGCAGGUAUGCCGCCAACCGAGUCGUUCCAAACUACCGACAUCUCUGACGCCGAGGGCUUGACCGAGGUUCCUCAGAGACCAGAUGUGGGCAAGUGUGCUGAUGACGACGAAGUGGAGCACGAGCCAGUUGGAGGUUUAGCAGCCGGCGCAGGUCUCUCCGAGCGUGACACCUCAACUACCAGCGCUCACCCGGCUACGACCGCAACUCAAGAGCCAGCCGAAGAGGGCUCUUUACAGGGAGACGCUGUUGAGGAACUUACUGCGGACGACGAGGAUGCAGUGUGCAAUGUGCCAAGAGGUUUAAUAGACUUGCCGACAACCAAAGCGGACCAGGAUGCUUACCCGCCUGCAAGGGAUCCGGCUGUGCAUGCAUCGACUGCAAGGGCACCAGAUGGCGAUGGAGAAGCUGGGC